AUGACUUCAGAUUCCGAAGGCAGUCCACUCUGGACUGCCAAACGCGUUCGCGACACAUUCCUUGAUUAUUUCAGACAGAAUGGCCAUACAUUCGUUCCAUCUUCUCCUGUCGUACCCCUCUCGGAUCCAACAUUGCUUUUUACAAAUGCUGGAAUGAAUCAGUUCAAGUCCAUCUUCCUGGGCACCGUGGAUCCGCAUUCUGAUUUUGCAAAACUGAAAAGCGCAGUGAAUUCUCAGAAGUGCAUUCGUGCUGGCGGGAAGCACAAUGAUUUGGACGACGUGGGAAAGGACAGCUACCACCAUACUUUCUUCGAGAUGCUCGGAAACUGGAGUUUUGGCGACUAUUUCAAGGAAGAUGCAAUCCGGUACUCUUGGGAGCUUUUGACGAAGGUUUACGGUUUGGACCCUCAACGCCUCUAUGUCACCUACUUUGAAGGUCACGAAGAGGGUGGACUCGAACCCGACCUAGAGGCAAAAGCUCUGUGGAGAGCUGCGGGUGUUCCAGAGGAUCAUAUCCUUCCAGGAGACAUGAAGGACAAUUUCUGGGAAAUGGGCGAUCAGGGCCCUUGUGGGCCCUGUAGUGAGAUUCAUUAUGAUCGGAUUGGCGGCCGCAAUGCCGCUCAUCUUGUCAAUCAAGAUGAUCCCAACGUUCUUGAAAUAUGGAACAAUGUGUUCAUUCAGUAUAAUCGCGAGUCUGAUCGGUCUUUGAGGCCUCUACCAAAUAAGCACGUCGACACUGGAAUGGGAUUCGAGAGAUUAGUCUCAGUGCUUCAGGACAAACCGUCAAAUUAUGAUACGGACGUGUUCUCCCCCCUUUUCAAUGCUAUCAAGAACGUCACCGGAGCCCGGGAAUAUCGAGGAAUGUUUGGUGCCGAUGAUUCUGAUGGCAUCGACACGGCUUAUCGCGUUGUCGCAGAUCACGUUAGAACAUUGACUUUUGCCAUCUCAGAUGGCGUGACGCCGAACAGUGAUGGUCGUGGAUAUGUUGUUCGACGUGUUCUGCGCCGGGGUGCUCGCUAUGCUCGAAAGUACUUCCAGGUUGAGAUUGGAAAUUUCUUCUCGAAAAUUGUCCCAACACUCGUUGAACAGCUCGGAGACAUGUUCCCCGAGCUGAAGAAAAAGCAACACGAUGUCAUGGAAAUAUUGGAUGAGGAAGAGAUCUCGUUCGCCAAAACCUUAGAUCGCGGUGAGCGACAGUUCGAGAACUAUGCUCAGCAAGCAAAGAUCAAAGGCGAUGACAAGCUUCAUGGUGCUGACGUUUGGCGCCUGUAUGACACCUUCGGUUUCCCGGUUGACUUAACCCGUCUCAUGGCGGAAGAGCGUGGGUUAAAUAUUGAUGACCUCGAAUUCGAAGAAGCGCGUUUGAGAGCCAAGGAGGCUAGUAAAGGACAGAAAAAGUCGGCAACAGGAACAGUCAAACUGGAUGUUCAUGACCUGGGAAAGCUGGAGAAAAUGAAUGACGUUCCCAAAACAGACGACAGCGCCAAAUUCGGAAAGGGUAACAUUACCGCUGAAAUCAAAGCGAUUUACCACGGAAAGAACUUCCAUUCAUCGACAGCGCAGAUACCAGAUGGGGACCAGAUAGGCAUCAUUCUGGACCGCACGAACUUUUACGCUGAACAAGGUGGACAAGAGAACGAUACCGGCAGAAUCAUUAUCGACGGACUGGCUGAGCUAGAAGUUGGUGAUGUUCAACUUUACGCUGGCUAUGUCCUCCAUACUGGCUUCAUGAAGUACGGUUCUUUCUCAAUCGGUGACGCUGUUCUGUGUGAGUACGAUGAACUUCGUCGCUGGCCCAUCCGAAAUAAUCAUACGGGCACACACAUCCUCAACUUUGCGCUCAGAAGAGUUCUUGGAGAUUCUGUCGAGCAGAAGGGCUCCCUUGUUGCUGCUGAAAAACUCAGGUUUGAUUUCUCUCACAAGUCUGCAGUCACAGAGAAAGAGUUAGAAAAAAUCGAGGAAAUAUCGACUGAGUAUAUCCGCCAAAACUGUGAUGUCUACUCUCAAGAAGUUCCUCUUGCAACUGCUCGCCAGAUCUCAGGUGUUAGAGCUGUCUUUGGCGAGACGUACCCUGAUCCCGUCCGGGUCGUUUCUGUUGGUGUGGAGGUGGAAGAGAUAUUGAAGAAUGUGGAAGAUCCUCGCUGGCUUGAAGUCAGCAUAGAAUUUUGUGGCGGAACUCACGUCCAGAAGACAGGAGACAUUAAGGACCUAAUCAUCCUGGAAGAAAACGGCAUUGCUAAGGGAAUUCGUCGGAUCAUUGCCGUGACUGGGGAGGACGCCCAUGAAGUACAGCGAGUUGCCAAAGAAUUCGAGAGGCGGCUAGAUCGCCUGGAUGCAAUGGCUUUGGGGCCGCAGAAAGAACAGGAAGCCAAGCAGAUACAAGUUGAACUAAACCAACUCUCGGUCUCUGCAGUCCAGAAAUCUCGUUUUCGAGAGCGCUUUGCAUCUAUUAACAAGCAAGUCAUUGACGGACAAAAAGCGCAACAGAAACUUGAGGCCAAGAAGGCGCUUGAGGCGAUCAUUUCAUAUUUCGAAUCCCCGGCGAACGAAGGGAAGACCUGUUUGGUGACCAGGCUUCCAAUUUCUGCGAACGCGAAAGCCGUGAGCGAGUCGUUAAACUAUGUUAAGUCCAAGUUACAAGAUAAGACAGUCUACGUCCUAGCCGCCGAUUCGGAACAGGGUCGCGUUGCUCAUGGUUGCUACGUUUCAAAGGCAUUGCUUGACCAAGGGGCCUCAGCCAACGACUUGGCCGCAGUUGUUUCUAGCGCUGUCGGAGGGAAAGCUGGUGGGAAGGGUUCGACAUCUAUCGGCAAUGGCGUGCAUCCGGACAAGGUUGAGGAUGCAAUUGCAUUGGCUUCUGAUUACUUGGCAAAGUUCAAGCUUUGA